CACAUAGAACUCAGCCAAGUAAAUAAGUCAUUGGCACCCCGACUAAGCUGAACUCGACAUUGCCUUGUCUAAUCUCUAAAAUUCAAUUUAAAACAAAAAUUACAAAAAACAUGGCCACAGAUCCGAACUCACUUUCGAACUCUGCUCGCGCAAAGGAGGCGAACCAGGAUAAUUCCCAAGGCAGAGUUUGCAUCCGCAAGGAGUUCAAACAAUUGAUUCUUUGGCACAACUGGCGCAAGUCUCUCCUGAUAUUCGUUAUACUUCAGGCUUUGCUGUACGAUCUCACCCACAAGUCGCUAAUCAGUGUGGUGAGUGUCUCCGGUCAGAUACUCUUGUGGAUUUCGGUGGGAUACCGCAUCUAUGUGUGGUGCCUGCAGUGCCUGAAUAGGACCCAGAUUCGGGGAAAUCCCUUCCAGAAGUACUUGGAUUUGGAUCUCAGCAUUACACCGCAACAGUCACAGCAGUUGUCUCAAUUUAUUGCGACCAAAGUCUGUGGAUUUUUUAACAAUUUCCGAUCGGUAGCUUUCUUGGAGAAGCCCUUGGAAACGAUCAAGUGGUUGGCCAUUAUGGCUGGCAUGAGCCUUGUGGGGCAUUUGUUUUACGUCUCCACUCUGCUCCGAUGGGUUCUCGUGUUGCUCUUCACUAUGCCCAAGUUGUAUAUGUGGAAGCAACCGAUUAUCGAUGAUCGUCUGAAGACUCUUCAAAAAAUUUACAACUGUUUUUGCGCCGGAAACCCAAACAAACUUAAUAAAAAUGCAAGAAAUUUGGAAAACUUGGACAACUUGGAAAUUAUGGAGCAGUGCGACAAGAAGAUAGAUCAGAAGGAUGCUUGUCUUUUCCCGGGUUCUGAAAUCCCUGAGGAGCUAUGUGCCGGUGGCGAUGAUACAAAAACCAAGAAAAAGGAAGUGAAAUCAGUUAAUGAGUUUGAACAAUUCGAUAGUUCCUGGCGGGAGGAAAACCCCGCCGAAUAUUUAUUGAGAAAAAAUCUAUAGGAUUUUUCACCUGUUCUAUAUAUACAUACAUAUAAUUUCAAGCGAUGGCGAAAUUAUAUUGUUUAAUCCUUUACAAUCAAAUUUUAAAUUAAUAAAGCUGUCUUUUUUGCACCUGUGUGAGAAUAAGUGAAA